UCUGGCGCCUCCUCCAAGCUUAUCUCCGAACACUACUCGGCACAGGACGUUGUAAGCAAGAGCAAAAAUCAUCUCGCUCAAGUUGAUUGAGGAGGAAUUGGAAGAAGAUAGAUCAGUAAUAGCGGCGCACAGCAUCUCCACCUCCUGCUCCCGGACGGAUUGAAACGAUCGCACACGCCUAGGGCUUAACAGCUCGACGUCACAGAGCUUGCGAACCUGCCGCCAGUUCUCACCAUACUGGUUGAAGGAGAUGUUGGAGUUGUUAAAGGAGAGCUUGGUUCCUACUUUGGAAGUGUACAACCCAUCAUAUUUCAUAUUCCGUUUAUCAUCAGAACAUCUCCACGCAUCAUAUGUCAUGAUCGACGACCCCCUCACCGAAGGCCCCGAUCGGAACUCCAAGCUCCUCGGCCACGCGCAGGGAAUCUACGCUCUCGCCUCGCAAGAGGAGGCCGGUCUCCUCAUGGCCAUGAAUCUCGCCUUCGUCUCCGGCGACUUCAACGACAGCUCGCUCGCCGUGCUUGGCCGGAACACCGUCCUCUCCAAUGUGAGGGAGAUGCCCGUCGUUGGUGGCAGCGGCAAGUUUUGCUUUGCGAUGGGAUACGUGCUCGCUACUGCUGCUGAGCUGGAUGCUGCCGCCGGAGGGAACUACAAUGAAGGUGGUUGUUGAGAGUGACGGGAUGCGACGACAUGAGUAAUGGAGUGGUAGAUAAGUAAAUAUUAAUGUUUAGGUGUUAGAUAUGUAUUUUCAAUAG